UGACUUUAGAGGAUCGGCGCUGGAUGAGAGAAAAAAAAAUUAUUUAUGAGUAACAUACUCUUCUAUAAAUCUCAAUUUCUAACUUAACAAAUUAAGAAAACAACACUAGAGUCCUUUCCUCCCUCAUUCUUUGCCAUGGAAAAUGGAGGUGAAUACCCACUUCUAUCCUCAAGGGACAACGACCAUAAUAACCCAGUCCAUUCAUCAAACACAAUUUUUUCAAGUUCACCAUUUUUAGGUAGUAGCCAAGUCCAAACCUUCUUCAGAGAAUUCUAUGCCGAGUCGAAGAAGCUCUGGUUCUUAGCCAGUCCAGCCAUCUUCACCUCCAUUUGCCAGUACUCACUUGGUGCCAUUACUCAAGUCUUCGCUGGACAGCUCGGAACUAGCGAACUCGCUGCGGUUUCAGUUGAGAACUCCAUUAUUGCAGGAUUUGCUUAUGGCAUCAUGUGGGGCAUGGGAAGUGCUCUAGAAACCCUAUGUGGGAUAGCAUUCGGAGCCGGGCAACUCGAAAUGCUAGGGAUCUACAUGCAAAGGUCGUGGCUCAUCCUCAACACCACUGCUCUCAUGUUAGUAUUUGUUUACAUCUUCGCAACACAUAUUUUAAAAAUCAUCGGCCAAACCGACCAAAUAUCCGAGGACGCAGGCAAAUUCGCGCUGUGGAUGAUUCCACAGCUCUUCGCCUACGCCAUGAACUAUCCGCUCGCGAAGUUUCUUCAGGCGCAGGGAAAGUUCAUGGCGAUGGCGGUGAUAGCGGGGUUGGUGUUGGUUUUGCAUGCUUUUUUCAGUUGGGUUUUGAUGAUGAAGUUAGGGUGGGGCCUGGCGGGGGCAGCGGUGGUGCUGAACUCAUCAUGGUGGUUCAUUGUGGUGGCUCAGCUGGUGUAUGUUCUAUGUGGGGCUUGUGGUGGUGCUUGGAAUGGGUUUUCAUGGUUGGCUUUCCACAAUCUUUGGGGAUUUCUUAAGCUGUCUGUUGCUUCUGCCGUAAUGCUUGCCUUAGAAAUGUGGUAUACAAUGUCUCUUACUCUCUUUGCUGGAUAUUUAAAGGAUACUGAAGUUUCAGUGGAUGCAUCAUCCAUAUGUGUGAACAUUCUGGGCUGGACAACAAUGGUAGGCUUUGGAUUCAAUGCAGCCAUAAGCGUAAGGGUAUCGAAUGAACUUGGGGCAGCACACCCGACAGCUGCAAAAUUCUCAGCCAUGGUGGUCGCAGUAACUUCAUUUCUAAUAGGUCUCUUCCUUGCCCUCAUUCUCAUCAUUGGCGGAAAGGAAUACCCGUCCUUCUUCUCAAACGAUGCAGCGGUCAAAGAGCUCGUAUAUGAGCUCACACCAUUGCUAGGACUUGCUAUUGUUGUUUACAGUGUUCAACUUGCUCUCGCUGGGGUGGCCAUUGGAGCAGGUUGGCAAGCUUACAUAGCAUAUGUGAACUUAGGGUGCUACUAUUUGUUUGGCAUUCCUCUAAGUCUGCUAAUGGGUUUCAAGUUCAACAUGGGUAUCAAGGGGAUUUGGUGGGGAGUGAUAUCUGGAACAGUCUUAGAAGCCUGUGUUGUGCUGUGGAUUAUAAAUAGAACAAAUUGGAACAAUGAGGCUUCUGUUACUGGCGACAAAUUAAAACAAUGGGGAGGGGAAACAGAUGACAGAGAAAUUUGAUUUG